GCGCGUGAGCGUUUCACACCUGACUACAACGUGAGUCGUGCGAGCGACUGUCCGCACGUCGAAAGACGAUCGCGGCCGCGCGUAGGUGCGCGAGCGACGCCGAAAAUCGUGUUGGCGAGCGCGCGGAUUUAUCGCGCGGCGCUCACGGCGCUCGGACGCGCAGAAUCGAUUUAUUUUGUCGGCACGGUCUGCGCGGCGAACACGGUAGGUUAGUUGACCGCGGGGCCGAGCGAGCGCUGAGCUGACAGUAGGCCGGCGACGUCACAGUGGGCCGGUUCGAGCCUUCCUUCGUUCGAUUCAGGCAGGCUCCUCUAUUCGUUUUACAUGUAGCAAGCAGGGUUGCGGGGUGCAGUUCAGACAUGGGAAGUGAGCAUUACUGCCUGAGGUGGAACAAUCAUCAGAGCAACUUGCUGGGUGUGUUCAGUCAACUGCUGGAGUCGGAGUCGCUGGUGGACGUGACACUGGCGUGCACGGAGGGACCGUCGAUACGCGCACACAAGGUAGUCCUCUCCGCGUGCUCCAGCUACUUCCAGGCCCUGUUCCUCGACCACCCGAACCGUCACCCCAUCGUUAUCCUAAAGGACGUACGUUUCGCCGAGCUACGUACCCUCGUCGACUUCAUGUACAAGGGCGAGGUAAACGUCGAGUACUGCCAGUUAUCGGCCCUCCUCAAGACAGCGGAGAGCCUCAAGGUUAAGGGUCUAGCGGACAUGACGAACAUCAACGCGGCGGUAGCAUCCAGGGAAGAACAGCAGCAGCAACAGCAGCAGCAACAACAACAGCAACAACAGCAGCAGCAGCAACAACACACAAGCACCUCUGACACAUCGCGAGAGCAUCAUCGAGAACGAGAACGAGACCGAGACCGAGAACGAGAACGAGAACGAGAACGAGAACGAGAACGAGACCGAGAACGAGAACGAGAUAGAGAUCGAGAUAGCAUAAAAGAGACGAGCGGCAAGGAGAGAGAACGGGAGUCGAACGUCACCACAGGAGUAUCGGUCGGUGCUAAGGAAUGCGAGCAGCAGCAGCAACAGCAGCAGCAGCAACAACAAUCCAGCAGCAUCGUUCAGAACACCCCCAGCGAAUCCGCGGAUGCGGUGGACAUGACGGAUUGUCCGCCGUCGCCUGCGGGGCCUGGUAGCCCGUGCCCGGGACCGCUGGCUCUCGACCGACCCAGGAGGGACUCCGAGGACGCGGCCAGCCUCGAAGAGACGAGAGCCGGCUCUCUUAGUCCGAUCUCGGUGCACAGCGGACCAUCCGACAUGAGCCUCAGCAACAACACCGGCGGCGGCGCGCCUGGCGUGCUGUCGUUAAACCUGCCGCAGAGCCGGCUUCCGUCCCCGCACAGUACCGAGCCCCUCGCCGGCCCGUCGGGCUUACCCCCGGUCCAGCAAGUUCCGCUAUCCCUGAAAAAAGAAAUGGACUGGGAAAGGUCGACUGAGGAGCGUAGCGCGAGCAGCGAGAUAUCCGCCGACUACAGACUCCCGCCAGAUCCGGAGUUGAUGGGUGUGGAUGAGCGGGUGUUUGCGUGCAUGUACUGCGGUGCCUCGUUCCUCCACCAGAGCAAGCUGACGCGGCACAUCCUCUCGCACAGCCUCGAGUCGCUCAAGUACCGCGAGCAGGCGGCACAUCUGCAGCUGCAGGCUCAGCUGGGCCUUGAGCCCGGCAUGCACCUGCCGCCGGAGGCCCACUACCCCGCCGCGGGUACGAUUGAGCCGAUGGACUUCGAGCUCGCGGCCCACUCGGACCCGACCUCCGGCGUCGUCCUCUGCAAGUUCUGCGGCAAGUCCUUCCCGGACGUCGGCUCGCUGAUCGCCCACCUACCGGCGCACACCGGCGACCGGCCGUUCAAGUGCGAAUUCUGCGGUAAGGCGUUCAAGCUGCGCCAUCAUAUGAAGGACCACUGUCGCGUGCACACCGGCGAACGGCCAUUCCGGUGUACGCUGUGCGGCAAGACCUUCUCGAGGUCGACGAUACUCAAGGCCCACGAAAAGACACAUUACCCGAAGUAUGUGCGCAAGUUCCUGUCCCCGAGCCCCGUGGACCCCUCCGAGGAAGAGGCUCCGCCGCCGCCACCGCCGCAUCAUUGA